CACCUACUGUACGCAUUUGCUCUCUCAAACUUGUUUCUCUAUAAAUAAACAACUCAACUUCCCUACAGCAGCAAGCAAGAGAGAUCUCAGUAGUUUUUGUUUCCCCUGUUCCCUGCCCUGUUUAAGCGCCGAUUCCCAAAUCUCCCGCCCGUACAAUGAAACCGAGAAUUUGCCGCCGCCGCGGUCCCCGGAAUCAAUGCUGGUUACGCUUCUGCAUCACGGCUGUCUGUUGCGCCGCCGUCAUCAGUAAUAUGACGGCGGUGGAGGGGCAGAGUACCGGUAGUAGCAGUAAUAACGCGACGGUGGUGGUGAACAUCGGGGUGAUUCUCGACUUGAACCGAACCGACUUUGUCGGGCAGGUGGGCCUGAGCUGCGUGGAAAUGGCGGUGUCCGAAUUCUACGAUUCGCACCCGGACUACACCACCCGCCUCGCCAUCGCCACCAGGGAUUCACAAAGAGACGUUGUUCUGGCUGCCGCCUCAGUAAAACUUUCAUCCGCUAACAACGUGGCAGCCCUGGAUUUGAUAAAGAACGUGCAAGUCCAAGCAAUCCUCGGCCCGGAAACAUCAAUGCAGGCUAACUUCCUCAUCCCCUUGGGAGAAAAAGCCCAAGUCCCCAUCAUCUCCUUCUCCGCAUCAAGCCCAACCCUCGCUUCCAUUCGCAGCCCAUACUUCUUCCGCGCUACACAAAAGGACUCCACCCAAGUCAACGCCAUCGCCGCCAUAGUCAAGGCCUUCGGCUGGCGCCAAGCCGUUCCCGUCUACAUCGACAACGCCUUCGGCCAAGGCAUCGUCCCUUCCUUAGUCGACUCCCUCGACGCCGUCGACGCCCGCGUCCCUUACCGCAGCGCCAUUUCCCCUUCCGCCACCGACGAUCAGAUCGGUCAAGAGCUCUACAAGCUCAUGACCAUGCAGACUCGCGUCUUCGUCGUCCACGUGUCUCCCCAUCUCGCCGCCAGGUUGUUUGCCAAGGCCAAAGAAGUGGGGAUGAUGUCAGCAGGUUAUGUGUGGAUCGUGACCGACGGGAUCACCGACUUCUUGAGUUCCGUUGACCCGUCCGUUCUCAAAUCCAUGCAAGGCGUCCUGGGGGUCAAACCGCACGUGCCACAAACCAAGGAGGUCAUUGACUUUAGGGCACGUUGGAAGAGGAAGUUUCGGCAAGACCAUCCGGAGAUCCUCCUCGACGCCGACCUCAACAGUUAUGGUUUGUGGGCCUACGAUGCCACGGUGGCACUGGCAAUGGCGGUGGAGAAAACUGCCGACGACAACGACGAUAAUAUUUUUUCCAACGUCAGUGAUAGCUCAUCAACCGACCUGGAGAGCAUCGGGGUGUCGAGCAACGGCCCGAACCUGGCUCGGGAGCUGUCGAGGACGAGCUUCGCGGGUCUGUCCGGCGACUUCGCGAUGGAGGAAGACGGGGAGUUGCGAGCUUCGGCUUACGAGGUUGUGAAUGUGAAUGGGAACGGAGCUAGGGUUGUUGGGUUCUGGACACGUGGCGAAGGGCUGGCUAGAGAACGGAUGAUGAUGAUGAUGACGAACUCUUCGUCGAGGGCGAAACUAGGGACGGUGAUAUGGCCGGGGGAUCCGGGUGCAGUUCCGAGAGGGUUCGAGAUCCCGACGAGCGGGAAGAAGCUGAGGAUCGGAGUCCCUGUGAAGAGCGGAUUCAGCGAGUUUGUCUCUGUGACUACAGAUCUCGAAACCAACAAGACGAGCGUGAUUGGCUACUCCAUCGAUAUCUUCGAAGCCGUCGUCCAAGCGCUGCCGUAUGCGCUUCCCUUCGAGUACGUGCCUUAUGCGAAACCUAACGGGGAGAGCGCCGGGACUUACGACGACCUUGUUUAUCAGGUCUUCUUAGGGAACUUUGAAUGCAUGAUCGCUGAUACCACCGUCAUCGCCAACAGGUCAAAUUACGUUGACUUCACGUUGCCGUACACAGAAUCCGGAGUGUCGAUGUUGGUGCCGGUGAAACCGAAUGGAAGCAAGAACGCGUGGUCGUUCUUGAAACCGUUGACGUGGGAUCUAUGGGUGACGACGUUCUUGUUCUUCCUCUUUAUUGGGUUCGUGGUGUGGGCAUUGGAGCAUAGGAUCAGUAAGGACUUCAGAGGCCCGCCUUCACAUCAAGUCGGGACCAGCCUCUGGUUCUCCUUCUCAACCAUGGUCUUCGCUCACAGAGAAAACGUGGUGAGCAACCUAGCGAGAACGGUGGUGAUAAUAUGGUGCCUCGUGGUGCUGAUCAUAACGCAGAGUUACACGGCGAGCUUCACGAGCCUGCUGACGGUGCAACGACUGCAACCCACGGUGGCAGACAUGAACGAGCUGCUGAGGAAGGGAGAUUUUGUUGGCUACCAGGAUGUCUCGUUUGUGUUCGGCCUACUGAAACGGUUAGGGUUCCGAGAUGACAGGCUUGUGCCAUAUAAAAACUCAGAGCAUUGUAAUAGUCUCUUCAACCAAGGGAAGAUCGUUGCGGCGUUCGAUGAAGUGCCCUACAUCAAACUCUUCUUGGCUAAGCACUGCUCCAAGUACAUGAUGACCGACCCCACUUAUAAAGCCGACGGCUUUGGCUUUGUGUUCCCGAAAGGUUCUCCGCUUGUUGCAGACAUAUCUAGGGCCAUCCUGAACGUAACUGAGGGAGACAAGAUGACGAAAAUCGAAGAAGCAUGGUUUGGCAAGAAAGACAGGUGCCCGGAAUCUACUACUUCUACUGUUUCUUCAGGGGGACAACUCGGGCUAAACAGCUUCUGGAGCCUAUUUAUGAUAGCUGGAGUGGCUGCAGUUUCAGCGCUCUGCAUUUUCACUGUCCAGUUUGUUUACGAAUAUAGGAAGCUGAUGUCGCCCCAAGUAGAUGACGAUUCGCAAUCAAAGCCUUCAUUUUGGGGAAGGCUUCUGAAUCUGUUGAAGACCUUCGACAAUAAGGACCUCGAAUGUCACACUUUCAGGGGUGACAGAGUUGGUGACCAGAACGAAGUUCGUCUAGCCAGUUUGAAUGUGAUGAGCCCUUCUAUGUAUUCGGUUCAUACAGAGUUUCCCGUGGAUUCAACCCAAACGCUUUCUCCGUCAAUGGGAUCUUCGUCAGAGUUGCAUGACAACACAAUUGCUCAGGAAGUUGCAAUAAUAAGCAUUGAUUUGCAUCCAGAUUCCGACGGAGAAGGACUCGUUGCUACUGCUAAUGAUGAAAUUACGAGACAUUAGGAGAUCAUGAAAUGUGGUUUAGUGUCAAAACUAUUCUUGUAAAACAUGAAUGCAUGUAACAAAGUGGUUAGCGUUCAUACAUGAGUCUCGAUAACUCGUAUUCAAAUAAAAUGGU